AGCUUUAAUUCUCGCUUUGCCACGACUAACGACUACGAUACGACUACGACAAGGACCGCCAACUAUGGAGAACAUCAAGUCAGCCGCAAACAAGUUCAUCACAGUCUACAACAAAGACACUCCAACCAGCCUAAAGUUCAUUGACGUCUAUCUGGUCUACAUUCUUAUCUCUGGAAUCCUGCAGUUCAUCUACAUGCUUCUCGCAGGCACAUUCCCUUAUAACGCCUUUCUUGCCGGCUUCAUCUCGACUGUUGGAAGUUUUGUCUUUGCAGUCAAUCUGCGUAUCCAAACCAACGCUCAAAACGCCACCAGUUUCAAGUCUAUUUCUCCUGAACGCGCAUUCGCCGACUUUGCCGUCUGUUCAUUAUUGCUACAUUUCUGCUGUGUUCACUUUUUGGGUUAAACAAAACAAAACAAAACAAAAAGGCGAUAUAGAUACAUGUGUUUAUUAGUUUACUAUAGUUCAAUAGAAAACAAGUAUAUAUCCAGUAUCAAGUAUUCGAAUACAGUGCUUUGCGUUUAAAAAUACAAAAAUCAAGAGGUGUAAAUAAAAAAAUCUUGAAGUCCAAUAAUUUUUUUUGUUGGUCAGUAAAACUAUA